UACCCCGGGAAGCGCAUGCGAUCGUUUCGUCUCACUGAUUUUAGCAUUCAAAUCGACUGCAGAUUUUCGGAGUUCAAUCUCUGAUUUAUAGAAGCAGAAACAAGAAAUGGGAGGUAAAUGCUUUGAGAACAGUGGCGGAGGCUUCUUGUACGACUUUGGCCAUCCUCUUGUCAAUCGCGUUGCUGAUAGCUUCGUCAAGGCCGCUGGGAUAGGAGCAUUGCAAUCUGCAUCUCGAGAGGCGUAUAUUACGGUUGCGGGAAGUCUUGAUUCGAACAGUGGAGCACCAUCUGAAUUAUCCAGUAGUAGAAAGAAAAGUUUUCCAGGUUUUACAGGUGGAACCAACAAAGAGUCUCUUGAAGCCAUGGUGAAGAACGUGGGAAAGGAAUCUAUGCAAUGGGGAUUAGCUGCUGGUGUUUAUUCUGGUCUCACAUACGGUUUAAAGGAGGCUCGUGGAGCACAUGACUGGAAGAACAGUGCAGUUGCAGGUGCCAUGACGGGCGUAGCUGUAGCGCUUACAUCGGACAAGCCUUCUCACGAGCAUAUCGUACAAUACGCCAUCACUGGUGCUGCUGUAUCGACCGCCGCAAAUAUUUUUGCUGGCAUAUUUUAGGUUCUGUCAAGGCAUGUACCAACCUCCAACAUAUGGGCUGGGGUGGAAUGUUUCUGGCACUAUCACUGUAAGACUUAUUUCAAAGGAAGUCACCUGAGACGCUUGUCUUGUAACACUUAGGUCAUAUUGCACAGGGGUGGUGGAGAGUUAAUACUAUAUAUUUCCUAUACAUUUUGAGGCAUUUUUUUUUAUUCUUUUGGGGAGGACACCAAAUUUGAGAAACUUUCAUCUUUCAUAUAGCGGACUUAACUCCAAAGUCACAUAUAUAGCGGUCCUCUCUAAGCUUAUCUUCAACACUUGUGUCACAUCCUCUCAAACCUUUCUUAUGCCUCAAUUUGACUUUAAUGCACACUCUUUUUGGUAUGUUGCAAUGCACCGUCCUCUUCGUUAUC